AUGAUUUUAAAUAAUACUGAGUCAUCAGAAGUUGAAAAUAUUUCUAAUAUGUUUGGUACACAUUUUUCAUCAGUGUUUGAGAAAGAUAUAAAUAAUAGUAAUAGUUAUGUCUGUAACCUGUCAGCUGGGAUUGAAAUGUCCGACACAAUUAACAUCAUCCAAUUUACUCAAGAGGAAGUAAAGAAAAAGCUGAAAAAUUUAGAUAUUUAUAAAAGUGUAGGGCCGGACGAUAUACAUCCGUUGCUUCUAAAGAACUGUGCUGAUAUUUUAGCUGUACCAAUUGCCACUUUAUUUAACCAUUCACUUCAUUCAGGCAAUUUUCCUGAUAAAUGGAAAGAAGCUAGGGUUAUACCGUUACAUAAAACUGGCAAAAAAGACUUAAUUACAAAUUAUCGACCAAUAUCCAUUUUAUCAGUAUUGUCUAAGCUAUUGGAGUCCUUGGUGCACACUGUUUUGUACAGGCAUCUACAGAAAUAUAUUACUGUGGAUCAACAUGGAUUUGUGGCUAAAAGAUCAACUAACACAAACUUAGUCCUAUUCACAUCGGAACUUAAAGAGGCGGUCGAUCAUAAUACUCAAGUAGAUGUUAUUUAUACCGACUUCUCAAAGGCCUUUGACAAAGUCAACUAUGCCAUACUUAUUAAAAAAUUAGAAGCCUUUGGAAUCUCCGGCAAACUGCUGCAGUGGUGUCGAUCUUACCUUAAUAGCCGCAUUUCAAGAGUGGCAGUUUUAGUUCUUGAUUAUCGUCUAUCACUUUAUCUUAAUGAAAAUGUUUUAGAAUUUAGCAGUGGUGCUGGCAAAAAAGAAAGAACAAGCAUGACUAGCAUUGCGAUUGUGUAA